AUGCCUUCCUUCGUCGAGCACUCGGUCACCACGGAGGUCCCUGGACCCAUGUCCAAGGCCAGCCAGAAGAAGCUUGACGCUGUCUUUGACGCUCGUGCCGUUCACUUCGUCGUCGACUACGAGAAGAGCCACGACAACUACAUCGUUGACGUUGAUGGAAACAAGUUCCUCGAUGUCUACUCCCAGAUCGCGUCCAUCCCGGUUGGCUACAACAACCCCACCCUCAUCGAGGCCGCCAAGUCGCCCGAGAUGAUCUCCGCCCUGGUCAACCGCCCGGCCAUCGGCAAUUUCCCCUCCGCCUACUGGCACGACAUCCUCCAGGACGGCCUGCUCAAGGUCGCCCCGGAGGGCAUGAACCACAUCUUCACCGCCCAGUCCGGCUCCGAGGCCAACGAGCUGGCCUACAAGGCCGCCUUCAUGCUCUACCGCCGCCGCGAGCGUGGCGAGGCCGAGUGGUCCCACGAGGAGAUCCACUCCUGCCUGCACAACACCUCCCCCGGCUCGCCCGAGCUGGCCAUCAUGAGCUUCAAGAACUCCUUCCACGGCCGUGGCUUCGGUAGUCUGUCCACCACCCGCUCCAAGGCCGUUCACAAGCUGGAUAUUCCUUCUUUCAACUGGCCCCAGGCCUCGUUCCCUGCCCUCAAGUACCCCCUUGAGAAGUAUGCCGCCGAGAACGAUGCCGAGGAGAAGCGCUGCUUGAAGGAGGUUGAGGAGCUUAUUAAGAGCUGGCACUGCCCCGUUGCCGCCAUCAUCGUCGAGCCUAUUCAGAGCGAGGGCGGUGACAACCAUGCCUCGCCCGCUUUCUUCCAGGGCCUGCGUGACAUCACCAAGAACAACGACGUUGUCCUGAUUGUCGACGAGGUCCAGACUGGCUUCGGCGCCACUGGCAAGUUCUGGGGCCACGCCCACUGGAACCUCACCUCCCCUCCCGACAUCGUCACCUUCUCCAAGAAGGCCCAGACGGCCGGCUACUACUUUGGCGACCGCAUGCUGGUCCCCGACAAGGCCUACCGCCAGUUCAACACCUGGAUCGGCGACCCGGCCCGCGUCAUCGUCAGCAAGGCCGUCGUCGACGAGAUCAGCAAGCGCAACCUGGUCGAGCAGACCGCGCGCGUCGGCGCCGCGCUCUACGCCGAGAUGGAGAAGCUCGCCCAGAAGUUCCCCGACCAUGUCCAGAACCUGCGCGGCAAGGGCCAGGGCCACUACAUCGCCUUCGACACCCAGAGUGCGGCGGCUGUCACCGGCUCCAUGAAGCGCCUUGGCGUUAACAUUGGUGCCUGCGGCAAGGAGACCAUCCGUCUCCGCCCCAUGUUGAUCUUUGAGGAGGCUCACAUUCCUCUCCUGAUUUCUGCAUUCGAGAAGACCUUCUCAUCUCUGUAA